CUCUUUGGCCACUCGCAAGUGGCAACUACCCCAAGCAAAACCCUCCUUCCCCUCGCGCGACGCCCCAGCAGCAGCACCACCACCACCACGGCACCACCGCAGAUCAUCCUCAGAUGGCGUCCCCGCCGCGCUCCACCCCCACCGACGACCCCGCCGCCCCGCCGCCGAGGUCCCCGUGGGUCAUCCUCGGCAGCAUCCCGCGCGUCGUCCAGGGCAGCGGCGGCGGAGCCGAGGCCGCCGACCUGUCGCUCGCGCUCGCAGCGCCCCCGCGCAUGUCGCGCCUGACCGUCUCCCAGCGCGUCUUCCCGGACCGCCCCACGCCGAAGAACUUCCCGUUCGUGCUCGCCGCGGACCCCUCGGGCCUGCUCCUCCUCUCGGCCAUCCUCGCCGCCCCGCUCACCCGCGUCGACAUCGACCGCCCGGGCCACCAGUCCUUCCACUGGCGGGACUCCAAGCCGCGCUAUUUCGUCCUCGACGCCGCCACCGGCUCCGCGUUCCGCCUCCCGGACCCCCGCCCGCAGGAGACCAUCGAGCACCAGGCGCUCGUCGGCCUCGUCGCCUGCCCCGGCGGCGGCGGCCGCUACAUGGUUGCUGAGCUCGUGCCCAUGUUCGGCCGCGACAAGGCCAGCCUCCGCUGCUACUUCUCCGACUUCGGCGAGUGGGUCAUCAAGAGCGUGCACUACCCGCUCCCGCCGCGGCCCCUGGCGCCGAUCUGCACGCUCGCCCACCACGGCAGGCUCUGGUGGGUCGACUACUCCUGGGGCAUCAUCACCGCCGACCCCUUCGCCGACGACCCCGUGCUCCGCUUCCUGCCGCUCCCCCGGUCUUGCUUGCUCGGGUACAGGGAGGCCGGCGGAGUGCUGGACAUGUUCCGCUACGUCGGGGUCAGCGCCGGCAAGCUGCGCUUCGUCAACACCUACCGCCGCGGAGGCGCCCCCAACAAGGUCACGGUCUGGACCCUGCCCGACGCCGACGCCACGGAGUGGACGCUGGAGCACGAGGCCACCUUCGCCGACAUCUGGGCCGACGACACCUACAAGGCCACCGGCCUUCAAAAGCAGCCCCCCGUGCUCGCGCUCAUCCACCCCCACAACCCAGCCGUCGUCUACUUCUUGCUGAAGGACCACCUCUUCGGCGUCGACGUGCGUGCCCGCAAGGUUGUCGAGUGCGACUGCUACCAUCUGGUGGCGCCUCCCCGCGACUACCCCAUCGCCAAUCGCUUCAUCCGCGCUUGGGAGCUGCCGCGUGCGGUCUCCUCAGGGCCAGGGAACUGGUCGAGUGACAUCAGCUCUCCUGAACCAACUGGAGCACCACCGUACCGGCCAAUGCCUGGGGAUUACCACUUGGUCGGCAUCUCCAGGAUGGCAGUCAAACAAUGAGCUGAGGAGCAAGGGUCUGCAGCUGUUUAAUUUCCUAGGUUUAGUUAGCGGUGCUGAACUCAAGUUAUUAUGGCAUGAUGACAUGUUUUGGGUGGGGUAUGGCAUGCUGUUGGACCACCAUAUGUUACUUAUCUGUAUGGUUUGAUGAAUCGUCGCUAUAUCUAUGGCGGAGCUGUACUCGAUCGUCAGAUUGUGACCCGGACCAGGACCAUGCUUGAUUUCAGUGGCCUGAACCGCAAUGCUAUGCUACUAGAUGCUCUUGAGCGACUCACUGCUCCAUGUAACUGCUGUUUGUUGCCUUUAUCCUUUUUGGGUGUGAUUUUGCUCGA